AUAUUUUUUAGCAAUCCACCCUUAGGUUGGAGAUGCUCUUACUGCCCCUUACUUCUUCCCACUCCCCACUCCCUGCAAUUUACUCCGUAUUUUGUCCAUUUGCCAUUGCCAGAUUCGCCUGUUCUCUUCCAAUUUCUCAAGCACAGAGAAGAAGCGGAAUUCCCUCAUUGCCUCUAGUAAAUGGAAUGCUACGAAAGAAUAGAAAAACCAAAUACUUGCACCGGUCAACUACAGUUGUCUCCGAGGAAGCUAAGGAGUAUGCUGUCGAGGACACAGAAAAGGAAAAAACCCCAGGCUGAAGAGCAGGAGGAAGAAGAAGACCCAGAGCUUGGUACCUCUCUGAGAUCCGAAUCUGAGAUCCAUGAUUCUGAAGUCAGUUCAGAGAUUUGCAAAGAUGUGGCUGUUGUAAGUGUGCUAAAUGAGUGUUCAACAGAAUGGGGAUUUGGUUCUUCAAUGGUUAAGGAUAAUAGAUUGAAGGAUCAAUCACAAGCCACUUCCAUGUUUAGGCCUCAAGAUGUGAAUUUUGAGUUUCAGAAGGCAGAUCGGGCACAAAGAGUUCCUCCGGGUGUACCUUUCUCUAAACCUGCUCCGUCCAAAUGGGAUGAUGCUCAGAAGUGGAUAGCUAGCCCGACCUCCAACCGCCAGAGAACUCAAUGUGGGUUGGGAUCAAGAAAGUCAACCAAGCACGUCUCUGAUAUUUCUGAUCGGCGAACGGUUAUCUCUGAGGAGCCUGCUGAUACUAAAUGGAUCGAUUCAAACCAGUUUAAGGAAAAUGGAGUCCAAAAGUAUGUGAGCUGGGAAUCUGAAUCUCAUCCGGUUGCUGAAUCAUAUGGAAAGGAGACACUUGUGAUGGAAAACUGUAUCAGAGAAUCAGCAAUCAAUCUGAGCCAGCAUGACUCGUGUGUUUCCGUCCACAGUGAGACGGCAUUUGUGCCACUACCUUCAACAGCUAGGUCUGUGUCUAUGAGAGAUAUGGGCACAGAAAUGACUCCACUUGCAAGCCAAGAGCCUUCCAGGACAGGAACGCCUGUUAGAGCAACAACUCCAACUUGCAGUCCAACAUCAACUCCUCCAUGCUCUUCUACUCUUCUUGACCACUCAAAUGAUCCUCAGGCAAAGGAGCUGUUUGAAAAGGAAUUGCAGAUGAAAACUAGGAAAGAGAUCAUGGCUCUAGGAACUCAACUUGGUAAGAUGAAUAUUGCAGCCUGGGCCAGCAAUGAGGAGGAUGAUGAUAAAAACGGACCCACUGUUGGGGCAGAACAACCUGAUAUUGCCAUUAUGGCUCGAGCAGCAGCUUGGGAGGAGGCAGAGAAUGCAAAACACUUGGCCAGAUUCAAGCGAGAGGAAAUGAAGAUACAAGCAUGGGAGAAUCAUCAGAUAGCUAAGGCAGAGGCUGAGAUGAGGAAAAUCGAGAUGGAGGUGGAAAGGAUGAGGACAAGAUCCCAAGAUGAGGUGAUGAAGAAGCUAUCAUCAGUGAGGUGCAAAGCUGAGGAGAAGAGAGCUUCAGCUGAGGCUAAGAUGAAGGACCAUUCUUCAAAAGCAGAGAAACAAGCAGAAUAUAUACGCCGAACUGGACGGAUACCCACCUCCUCUGCCUGUUGCUGCUUACGCUGGCGUUUCUUCUAACAUCUAAAAUCGGUAAAGCAAGCGCUUUAGAGUUUGAGUAUCUGCUCUCAAGUAUCAAAUCACUGUAAGAUAUGUGUUCUUAUUAUUAUAUUAUUUAUUGUUAAGACAAAUUUUCUCUUGUACAUCUUUUGGUUCAGUUACAAUUACAAUAAUAAUGGCUACAUUUUUGCAGCAUAUUUUCUUCGCUGUUAACUUCAAUCUAUGUUCGACUUAGAUCACCUGAGAAGUGCUCAUAAAUUGCCGUCUGUUUGGUUCAACUAAGGAAUCGAACCGGACUGAGAAUUUUAAUAGUGGAGGGCGAGGAAGGGGAGUUUGGACGGGAAAGAAUAGAGUAUUCUACUAGAGUGGUUUUCAUGAUAAGCACGGUAGUACCUGUUUGGUUCAGAAGGCAGGAAGGAAAAAUAUUUGAACAAUUUAUUUUUAAUAAAAGAUGACUGAUUGUAAUCAGACAAUAAUCAUAAAUAUUACUACCUCCGUCCUGUUCAAAGGUUUUCAGUGUAAAAUGACACGAUCAUUUAAACAAUAAUUAAAUAUAGUAAGUUGAGUACAUUUUAAGAAAUAAUGUUGAUGGUUGGUUAUACUCCGUAUAAUUUAACAAGAUCAUUGAUAAUAACUAUAGUGUUGUAAUUUUUUUUAAUACUUGAUGAUUAAGUUGCCACUUAAAAGUAUUAAUUGUUUUCUAAAAUGGAAAUGAGAACCUUUAAAUGAGACUCCAAAAAAGAAAAGUGAGAACUUUUGAAUGGGAUGGACGGAGUACAAGUUUGAAUGAUAAAUGUACAAUGAAUAAUCGACAUGUUCUUAUAAUAAAGAGGCUUGAUCUACAACCGUUGUCUGGCCGAGCUUGUUUCAGG